GGAGUUGGCACCGGAGACUUCUGCACAACCCCAGGACUGCAGGCCAGGCACUUCGAAGGUCGCAGGAGCGAGGCGGCCCUCCCCACCCGCGCUCCGCUCUGUUGAGGCCUGUGCGUUGAGGGAACUCUCAUCGUUAUUAGAGUCCGCGGGUGAGAAGCAGACGAAGAACCGGGAGAAGCACCGGCGGCGAAGCGUCUAUAGAGUUUACACUUAGGAAACGGGCGUGGAGUCCAGCGCACGGCCCCCAGGCCGCCGGGCCCAGAGCGGGGCAUCGUCUCGGAGGGGGCGCACUGGCCCCUGGCCCCGAGCCGCUCGCCAAGCUCCAUCCGUUCCCUGAGCAGCACCCAGAAAGGGUGUUCGGUCACAGACAGACAUCUGCGGCCAUGGCCGAGGCCACAGAGCCGGAGGGGGGCGCCCCGGGUCCGCAGGGGCCGCCCGAGGGCCCGGCGCCGCUGGCGGACGGACCCGGAGAGCCAGGGGCCGCGGGCCUGGCGGCGAACGGGGAGGAGGCGCGGAGGGGGGAGGGGGGCGCCCCGCAGGGUGUCGAGGCCCCCCAGGGAAGGGAGGAGGCGGGCAGCGCCCAGCAGGUGGAGGAGGGCGCCCCGCAGGCUGCCGAGGUCCCCCAGGGAGGCGAGGAGGCGGGCGGCGCGGAGCGGGCGGAGGAGGCGAGCGUGGGGUGCGGCGCGCAAGGCGAGGAAGCUCAGGGGGAGCGCGGGGAGCCCGCGGCCCCCAAGGCUGAGGAGGAGGCGGAGCGCGGGCCCGAGGAGCCGGGAAGCAGCGCUCGCGGGGCGCCGCGGACCAGCGUGGACGUGGGGGGCCUGAGAGGAUCCAGCAUGGAGGCCGAGGGGUCCGAGGGAGCGGCACCGAGGGCCGAGGAGGUCCCCCGGGACGGAGGGGACCGUAGCUCUCAGUCCCACGUCCAGGCGACUGAGGCCGCAGCGGCGGAGACCGCGGAUUGCACCCCCGGGGAACUUUGUGGGGAGCCCCAGGGCGCAGCGGUGGGCGCCGCGGAGGAAGCGGGGGCCCCGGGGGAAGAGGAUUCAGAGGAAGCGAGCCCCGGGGACGCGAAGGCAGACGCCAGAGAGGCCGGGGACCAGGGGGCACCCCAGGAGGAGGAGGCAGAGGAGGAGAGGCCAGGCGAGGAGGCACCGCCCGACGGCAGCGCGGACCCGGCGGCGACCGCGCAGACCCGGGCCGCGGAGCCCGAGGGUCAGCUCAGCAACCACCUGGCGGCGGAGGGCAGCGCCGAGGACGCCGCCGAGGCCGCGCGCGUGAACGGGCGCGGGGAAGACGGCGAGGCGUCCGAGGAGGGGGCUCCGCGUCGGGAGCACGACAUCACCCUCUUCGUGAAGGCUGGUUAUGAUGGGGAGAGUAUUGGAAAUUGCCCGUUUUCUCAGCGUCUCUUUAUGAUUCUCUGGCUAAAGGGCGUUAUAUUCAACGUGACAACAGUGGACCUGAAAAGGAAGCCCGCAGACCUGCAGAACCUGGCUCCCGGAACCAACCCUCCUUUUAUGACUUUUGAUGGUGAAGUCCAGACGGAUGUGAAUAAGAUCGAGGAGUUCUUAGAGGAGAAAUUAGCUCCCCCGAGGUACCCUAAGUUGGGGACCCAAUACCCUGAGUCUAACUCUGCAGGAAAUGAUGUGUUUGCUAAGUUCUCGGCAUUUAUAAAAAACACCAAGAAGGACGUGAAUGAAGUUUAUGAAAAGAACCUCCUAAAGGCCCUGAAGAAGCUGGAUAAUUACUUAAAUAGCCCUCUGCCUGAUGAAGUCGAUGCCUACAGCACCGAGGAAGUGGCUGUUUCUGGAAGGAAGUUCCUGGAUGGAGACGAGCUCACCCUUGCCGACUGUAACCUCUUACCCAAGCUCCAUAUUAUUAAGAUUGUGGCCAAACGAUACAGAGACUUUGAAUUUCCUCCUGACAUGACUGGCAUCUGGAGAUACUUGCACAACGCCUAUGCCAGGGACGAGUUCACAAACACGUGUCCGGCGGACCAGGAGAUCGAACACGCCUAUUCAGAUGUCGCGAAAAGAAUGAAGUGAAGCCGAGGUGUUUCUGUCUUAUUCCUCGGUUAUUUGAGCUAAGCUCUGAAAAGAAUGUGUUCCUUGUCUUUCUCCCCAGUAACCAUCCUUUGCAAAAUAACGCUCACAUUUUAAUAAUGACAUAUCACAGCCUGAUCCACUCAACACCCAAUGAUACGAGGCCCCCUAAAUUGUCAACUCACUCGGGCAUCUGAACAAUAUCAGCAUCUAUUAUUAUACAACCAGUUGUCCAGUUUAUGUUAAUUAAUUUAUAUCUUUGACGUUCGCUGGCAUUGUAAUCUGUAGUAUUUAGGACAUGUAUUUUGCAGUUUAAGAGUCAAAGCAAAUUAGGUUUGGGUUCAAUUCCAACUACAAUUUUUAAAAAGUUUGAUAGUUUUCAUAAUCAUGCGUAGCCUGUUUUUCUCAUCUGAAAUAGUAUUUUAAUAUUUUUCAGAAUGAAAAUACUGUUUUUGUAAUUACAAAAUGACACAUGCCUAUUUUAAUAUUUUCAAAAUAACGUCAGAGGGUAUUAAGAUGGAAGGAAAAAAAUCACCUGAAAUUUCAUUAUCCUUUGAUAACUACUGAUCACUUAUUGGUGAACAUCUUCCAAAUCUUCAGUCUCCCUCUCUCGUACACACAUUCACACACAUCCAAUUCCAUUCAUAUGUGGUAUUGCAUGACUUUAUUUUGAAGGACUGGUGAGGGGACCUCUUGGUAACGCCUUGAUGACCAUCCAGAGAGGACGUAGAACAAACAAACAGAUUUGGCACUGCAGAGCUAGAGGGGAUGCUUGCGAUCAGGUUUCACAGGCGUGGAGAACUGCAGAGUCCACAGACUGGCAGGGACCGGCAGGGACCGGCAGGGACCGGCAGGAACCAGAAGCUGUGGAUGGCCCCCACUCUGCCUUGUCACCACCUUGGUGGUGCCCGGGAAGGCAACAGAAGAGAGCGCCUCCUCCAUCGCUCAUUCCAGCCUCCUCACCCCUGUCUUCUCUUGCUCCCUCCCCUGACCCCCUUCCCUCUGGAGGACUCUCAAUACCAGCUGCAAGUUGGAGAAUCUUCUGCCCUGUGUUGAAAGGCGAACCAGGCACACCUCGUGUCCUCCUAACGGCCUAAGACCCAACACUGCAUCUCUUCAGCGCCGAUGUGGUGUGGGGCUAGCCUGGUUCUUGCUGCUUCUCUGCCCUUGAUCAUGUCAUUUCAAGGUCAGAAAGGGAAAAUCCAGAGAGAUAAAAUUCAUGGUGACUCCUCUCGGGCAGUUCUGGUAAAUGGUCAAGUUGGGGAGGAAGUGGAAACUAUUGACUCAAAAGAAUUUUCUGGUGGGUCUGUGGCUUUCCCUCCGCCGUCCUUGCAGCCGGCCUGUCACCAGCAUCUGCGUGGGCUGGCUUGCAGGGCUCCAACUCAAGGCCUGGAAGACAAAAUGGGAGGCUUUUAGACGCUCGCCAAGACCUCACAGGGUUUAAGCACUGUGUUCCUUUGACAUUUACAGACGUCUUAGAGAAAACCCUCUUGUCAAGUUGGUUGUAGCCUGUGGUUGAUGCUAAAACGCUCUUUAAAAAAGUAGUAUAUGUCUGCUCUAUGAGCGACUCAUUUGGAAGAGAGUAAAAUGAUGAAUGUAACUGUCCUGUGAUGUAGGGGAGAACGUCCAGUGAGAGAAACAAAGUCCUAGCAUCGAAUGUGUAUCACCACUCACACAGUUUUCACAUCUGUUUAGGAGUCGGAUUUUUAAGACUAAUUUUAUCAUGACAUAUUUAAAUGGUAAAGGUACCAUUUGUAACUAGUGCUAACUUUGUAUUUUUAGAUGUUAAAAUGAUCUCCGUGUGCCUUAAAAAUUAAACAAUUAUAAAAAUGUU